UAAAAACCCUACAGCUCCUACCGCCGGCCCGUCGAGAUAACACACGUUAUGUUGGGAGCGUCCCCUUAGUGUUUUUUUUUGUCUACGUUUAAACGGUUGAACGUGCGUUGUUAAGAAAGAAGAAGAAGAAGAAGAAAAAGUAAGAUGGAGGUCGAGGCGACGGAGACCGUCCGCGCGACACCGAGUCGCCACAAGAAAAGUUUGGGUCUCCUCACGAUGAAGUUCGUCAGCCUGCUCCAAGAAACGAAGGACGGCGCUCUUGAUUUGAAAGUGGCUGCUGACAGCUUGGCGGUGAAGCAGAAGAGACGGAUAUAUGACAUCACCAACGUACUGGAAGGAGUGGGAUUGAUCGAGAAGAAAAACAAGAACAUCAUCCAGUGGAGAGGAGAGAACUCAGGCAGCCAAACCAAGGAGGUGCUAGAGCAGGUCAACCUUUUGAAGGCCCAAAUCUCUGACCUGGAGGCUCAAGAAAAAGAGCUGGACAGCCAGAAGUCGUGGCUGGAGGAGAACAUCAUCCACUUUAACCAGGAUCCCAUCACCAGCACUUAUAAAUUUGUCACACAUGAAGACAUCUGCAGUGCUUUCAGCGGAGAGACUCUUCUUGCUGUAGUGGCUCCUGCUGGGACCCAGCUGGAGGUACCGCUACCUGAAACGGGCCGGGGUGGUCAGAACCGGUACCAGGUCAACCUGCGCAGCACCUCGGCCCCCAUCCAGGUCAUGCUGAUCAACCGGGACUCCGACUCCGCGAUACCCGUGGUGUUCUCCGUGCCGCCCACUGACGACAUGGGUCCAAUGCCGACUCCGCCGAGCACCCCCGCCAGCCUGCAGCGGUUCCCUUUCUCCUCGUCGGUGUACUCGGCCUCCAGCACCAGCACCAGCACCUCCUCCUUCUGCAGUCAGGACUCGCUCUGCUCAGACCACCAGGUGGUGCUGCCAGGAUACAGUGAAGCGCUGACUCCGUCGUCCAGCCCUCCUGAUGUGCAGAUGGAGUGUCACAGUCAGGCAGCAGCCGUGUUGGUGCAGCAGCAGAUGGACCUGACGGGCCCAGAGUUCCAGUCCGUGCUGGACAUGAGCAGCCUGUUGAAGCUCAGUGCCGCCGGAGACCACGUGAAGGACAACAGAGAGGAAGCUGUGGACCUGAUUGACGAGCUAAUGUCCACCGAUGCAGAAAUAGACUACAGCUUCAAACUGGACGACAACGAGGGAGUGUGCGACCUGUUCGACGUGCAGAUCCUGAAUUACUGACGGCUCACGGCGCCUCCUCUGCGGCGUGCUUUUACAACCUCGGGAGCCACCUUCUCCUCCCCAUAAGACAAUUCAAAGAUGACUUCCCCCAUUUUUGUUCUGAUGUUGCUACGCACACUGCUGAUGAUCAAACAUUCCAUUGGCGGGGUUUUACCGGGUAAAAUAUCAAUCACUGAAAUGAGUAAAACGGGACAAAUCCUUCAGCCUCCUACUGCACUUUUACAUGUUAGUAUUUUUCCACAUCCAGUGGGAAUUCUGAGACUAUUCAACAGCGCUACUUUCUGUUCAUGAACAGCGGGGUUGUGAAGCUGUUUUCAUCUUGGUUGAAAUUCACAGGGUUCACAACUCUGCGUUUACUGCUUUCUAACAUUUGAUACAGGGUCGAUAGUACAGUUCUGUCUGUAAAUAACUUGAGGUUCUUUAAAAUAUAAUUUUGUGUAAAAGUCUUAUCCAAUUCAAUGGUUAUAUUUGAGGAAAAGUCAUCUAGUAUUUAAUGAGUGAAUGUUUUGGUUACAUUUUGUGACCUUGUUCUCAAUGUGAAAAUGGCAGAGAGAUUUAUUUUCUAAAUUAUUGUUACACUGCCAUUUUGGGCCUCUUUUUUUAUACAUCCUUAUAUAAUUAGUUAUAUAUUUGAAUAAGUAAAGUCUUUAAUUUAAGAACAUUUAACAAUGUUGUCCCUAUUGCUGGUUGACUGCCUUAAUUGUAAUAAAAGUGAAUCGGACAUAUUUAUGAUGUUACAAGCCUAAAGUGGCAUUUUUGUAUUGUUUUAUUACAAGUCAUGUUAUUUGUGACACGUUGGUCUUUAUUUGCACAGUUUUGAAUGUUUUUUUUUCUUCAAUAAACGAUUUGGA